AUGGUGGUGCCUCCUUCAAGUGGAGGUAAUCCCACGCCGACGCCAGCUGCAUCUCAAUUACCUUCGACUGGGAGCUUCCAAGUCAAUCUAAACCCACCUACUACCAAUGGCAUAUUUCACAAUUAUGCUUCCCAUAUACCCUUCAGCCAGCGGCGAGCCCCGCCCUUGGACAUGUCCACGGUCGAGAGGCGCGGACACCCGCUCGCUGCUCGGGAAUCGCACAGGAGGACGAGGCCACACGGUUUACAAGAGGCCCCAACCUUCAGACCGACAGAAGAAGAGUUCAAAGAUCCCAUGGCAUACAUAAGAAAAAUACGCCCAGAAGGAGAGAAGUACGGAGUCGCCAAGAUCAUACCGCCAGACUCGUGGAACCCGGCAUUUGCCAUCAAUACAGAGAGAUUCUUCUUCAAGACACGCCGCCAAGAGCUGAAUUCGGUCGAAGGAGGAACCCGGACUAAUCUCAACUACCUCGAUCAACUCGCAAAGUUUCACAAACAACAUGGCAUGAACCUCAAUCGCUUUCCCAGCGUCGAUAAACGACCACUCGAUCUGUACAAGUUGAAAAAAGCAGUGGCACAACGCGGUGGCUUCGAGAAGGUCUGCAAGCUGAAGAAAUGGGCAGAGAUUGGAAGAGAUUUGGGAUACAGCGGAAAAAUCAUGUCGUCUCUCUCGACCUCGCUGAAAAAUUCGUACCAACGGUGGCUACACCCAUACGAGGAAUAUCUGAAGCUCGCCAAACCUGGUGUACAGCAACAGCUUGAGUUCGAGCAUGGGGGACCCUUUACUCCUUCGUCCGCCAAUCAGUCGAUGAAGGAUUCUCAUCAACAUACCCCUGUAAGUAUGAGGGACGACUCACCAGCGAUCAGAGCUUCCGCUGCUCUAAAUGCAUCAAUCAAAGAGAUCGGAGAUCCGCUCGACGCAGGCCCGCCUGCUGCAGAACAGCCGCAGCCAGUAGCUAGUUCUGGCUUCACAGCCGUGAAUGCUGGUGGUUUUACACCGGUAAACCUCACUCAAGCGUCCUUUCAAGCCGUCAAUGCACCUCCUCUUUUGCCAAAAAGAGAGUCAGAAAAUGGGCUUUUCGGUGUCCCCAGCCAUAACUCAAGCGGAAGCUUCGGUCCUCCACCAAAGGAUCUUCCCGAUUACCUGAGUCCAGCUCCUCUGACAAACGGUCACUCUUCCAACCCCUUGAAGCGCACAAUCAGCCAUGACAGCCUGAAUGGACUAUCAGGAACGGACUCUGGUGCUUGUGCUGACGCCGAUGAUCAAAAUGAGCGUCGUAGCAAGCGAGCAAAGAAAGCUCCCACGGUUGUGGGGUCGCACAUGAGUUUACUUCGUCCUACAACGCCGAGAUUGUCUGGUGACCGAAAAAAUGGGAAGCCGGGAGAGGUCUGCGAAGUUUGCGGAACCAAAGACGAGCGUUCUCGUUUGCUGAUCUGUGAUGGCUGCGAAUUGGGCUACCACCAGAACUGCUUAGACCCACCUGCGAAGAUCAAUCCGCUUCACGACUGGCAUUGCCCACGCUGUCUCGUUGGCACAGGAGAUUUCGGUUUCGAAGAAGGUGGUAUCUAUUCUCUGCGACAAUUUCAGGACAAGGCCCACCGCUUCAAAGACAGCUACUUUGAGCCUAAGAUGCCAUAUGAUCCGGUAACGAAUGCAAAACGAACAGCUACAGAGGAUGACGUGGAACGUGAGUUCUGGAGACUAGUCGAGAGCCCUUCCGAAGAAGUUGAAGUUGAAUAUGGAGCGGACAUACAUUCGACCACACAUGGCAGCGGCUUUCCCACGAUCGAGAAGAACCCAAGGGAUCCCUACUCGACGGACCUGUGGAACCUCAACAUACUUCCGUUACAUCCAGAAUCACUCUUUAGGCAUAUCAAAUCUGAUAUAUCAGGUAUGACGGUGCCAUGGCUCUACGUUGGAAUGUGCUUUUCCACAUUCUGCUGGCACAAUGAAGACCACUACGGCUACUCUGCAAAUUACCAGCACUUUGGUGCGACCAAGACCUGGUAUGGCAUUCCCGGCGCUGACGCGGAACGAUUUGAAGAGGCCAUGAAGCAAGCUGUUCCAGAGCUCUUUGAAUCGCAGCCAGAUCUACUGUUCCAGCUUGUCACAUUGUUGCCCCCAGAUCGACUGAAGAAAGCAGGUGUCAAUGUGUAUGCCCUAGACCAAAGAGCUGGCCAAUUCGUCAUCACUUUCCCACAAGCAUAUCAUGCUGGCUUCAACCACGGGUUCAAUUUCAAUGAAGCGGUCAACUUUGCGCCAGAAGAUUGGGAACCUUAUGGUGAAGCAGGUGUGGAGCGGCUUCAGGAGUUUAGGAAACAGCCGUGCUUCUCGCAUGACGAGCUUUUGAUGACAGCGGCUGGUCGAGAUACUACAAUACAAACAGCGAAGUGGCUUGCACCUGCCCUGAUCCGACUACGGGACCGUGAAAUGCAGCAGAGACAUGACCUCCUCAAACGGCACAAGAAUCAUAUUGAGUCUCACCACUGCAAGAUCGAAGAGAAAGUCGACUCUAGCGACAGCUGUGCUCUCGGCUUCAAAGUGCAGGAUCAAGAUGUUCCGGAGAUUGAGUAUCAAUGCACCUACUGCAAGGCCUACAGCUAUCUCUCCUCCUUCCGGUGCGAGACUACGUCUAAAGUCAUGUGUUUGCUUCAUGCGGGUAGCCACGGGUGCUGUGACGCUAGUGAAGAGCAACGCCUCACAGGCUCUGGCCACACGCUCAGGUAUCGGCUCUCCGACGAUGCUCUAAACACUGUUGUGCAAAAAGUCGUCGACCGGGCAUAUAUGCCAGAAGCUUGGCACGAGAAGUUGGACAAGGCUUUAGACGAUGAAGCAAAACCCUCGCUCAAGGUUCUCCGCUCGUUAGUGAGUGAAGGAGAAAAGAUACCGUGGGAACUACCUGGCCUUCCAGAUCUCAAGGCAUUUGUCGGCAGAUGCAACGAAUGGGUCGACGAAGCUACAAACUACAUCACCAGGAAACAGCAGAACAGGCGCAAGAAUGAGAAAGCAUGGCGCAAAAGCAACUCUGCCAAAGCAGCUGAACAAGAAGAGCGUGAUAGGGAGCUGAGGAAGAUCGAAAACAUCCACAAGCUUCUCGCGCAAGCAGAAGAAAUUUCUUUUGACUGCCCCGAAAUAGACACGCUCGCCCAGCGUUCUCAAGACAUCGCAAACUUCCAGCGUGAUGCGAAAGCUGCACUAUCGACCAAGACAUCGCGGCCAACGCAAGAUUUUGUCGAUCUGGCUGAGUUGGGAAAGACAUUCAAUGUAGACGUUCCGGAAGUCGAUGAGUUAGAGACUGUCAUCCACAAAAUGAAAUGGACCGAUGAAGCGCGCGAAAUGCAGGAUAAGUUUAAAACGUUGGAUGACGUGGCCACACUUAUGAAGCGAGGAAGAGACAUUGGAAUCUCUGACAAUGACGAGCUUCUUGUCCGCUACAAAGACUUGCAAACCCGAGGUGAGCUCUGGGAGAACAAGGCUCAAGAGCUUAUGUCUGUUGAGCCGAUUCAUCAUCCUCAACUCGAGGCACUUGCGAAUCAAGCUGACACGUUGCCUAUCACCAACGAGACUCGAGCACGAGUUGAGGCAAUAUUGGCUAAGCAGAGAGAAGCGCAGAAGAAGAUUCGGGAGUUAUACAACGACUCUAAGGAUUCUGACUUUCGAAAACGGCCAAUGUACAAGGUGGUAUGCAACGUGCUCGCGAGCCUUUCUGAGCUCAAUAGCAAGCCAACCGGUACCCUCGACCUCGAGACCAUGAUAAAGCGCCAUGAAAACUGGAUGAGGAAAGGGAAGAAGCUGUUUGGAAAGGCAAACGCGCCAUUACAUAUCUUGCAGGCCCAUAUGAACUACGUGGCUGAGCACAACUCGUACUGCUACGACCUAUCCGAUAAGCCAAGGAUGCCUGUAGAACCUGCAUCGAGGGACAAUUCUCCAGUUGAAGGGCAAGACGUUGACGGCGUCAAGUCUGAGAAGAACGUAUUCUGCAUGUGUCGUCAACCUGAAGCUGGCAUGAUGCUUGAGUGCGAAUUGUGUCACGAAUGGUACCAUGGCAAGUGCCUCAAAAUUGCCCGUGGCAAGGUCAAAGAAGAUGAUAAUUACACCUGCCCGAUUUGCGACUAUCGUGUCAAGAUACCUCGUGAUGCAGCUCGUCCCAAGCUUGAAGACCUUCAGGAUUGGCAAGCUGAGAUCCCUGACUUGCCUUUUCAGCCCGAGGAAGAAGAAGUACUGGAGGAAAUUAUUGCGACCGCGAAGGCAUUUCGAGACUUCAUGCGGCCUUAUAUCAAUCCAGUGAUGACCAACCCGGAAGAAGUGACCACGCAGCGCUUUUAUCUUCGAAAGAUCGAGGGUGCAGAGAUUCUCCUGGGGUUUGAAACUAACUUCUUUCGUCAAGAGCUUCACAAAUGGGCCCCGGUCGCUCCUACGCCUCCUCCAGUACUUGAGCAAUCGCUUUCCACUCGCAAGCCGCGACCGACUAAGCAGCAGAAACUGAUGCAGGCGCAUAAUGUGAACACUCCGGAAGAGCUGCCUCUGCAGUUCCGUACCAAGCCAUACAACAUCAACAAAGCUCGCAAAGGCAGCGAUGCGCAAUUGAAGAAUCCGCAUACACUUGCACCCGCAAAACGACCACGAUCAUCCCAUUCAACCUCAACCAACAAUUCCUCAGAGACUUACUCUCACUCCCAACGGUUCCCAGUAUCCUCAUCGAAUACAACCCACGCAGACCCAUCAUAUACAGCCCAUUAUCCUGUUCCAGCCUCUCACAAUCCUCACCAGCUUCCCGAGUCACCGUCAUUUGCCACCAGCCCCUACUUCCCAAACGGUCACCAUCCUCAUUCGCCUUUCGUGGAAUCGCCCAGGUAUGGACCGCGGUCACCACUUUCCCAUCCCAAUUCCGCCCUCGAUCCAAACCUUUUCAGCCCAGUCGACAAUCCGUACGACAAUGUCCAUCCUCACGACCGCAUCAUGAACUCUCCCCACCAUAGCUACUCGAACAGUCAUCAGUCUGCGGCACGUGACAAUGUGGACAACAUGUUCGACGAGUUCGUGACGCAGCCGGAAGACGAUGUCAAUCAUAGGAACGAGGUUGCAGAAGCACUAGAAGACAGAGGCCGUGAGCAUGAAAAUGAGGAUGACGGCGUGCUCGAUGAUUUCGUGCAUGAGCCAUACCGCAAAUAA